AUCAAUCUCACACAAACAAAGAAAGAAAUAAAGAUGAUUGCACCAUCAACAACUGAUGCCGUGGACAAGGCUUUCAAGACAGAGGUCACAGCACUAUAUAAGGAGCUGAUUGUCAAUGUGCCAUCGAUUGAUCAGGCUACAUUCUCAGGCACAUCAAAGACUGUUGGCUCAUCUGAUGUGACCGUCUCAAUGGUGAUGUCCACAAGUGACUUCCACAACAAGAAGGACAAGUCCUACAUGCUGUCCAGGACGACCACACGCAGCGAUCGCCACGAUGUGUCAAUGUCACCAUUCCCCGUUGAGAUGGCCGCUGCCAUCGUAUCAGUCUCUCCAUCAGGCCGCUAUAUGCUCUCGAUCAAAGAGGCCGGAGAGAAUGACUUCCAGAUGGAGAUUGUUGAUCAAGGCCACAUCGUGCGCACCAUCAAUGCCAAGGACGUGCACAAGAAGAUCUUUGUAGAUGAAUGGUUCGGCAGGAUUUCAUGGUCACCAUGCGAGCAAUACAUCGCCUACAUUGCUGAGCGCCCAUUGGAGACGACGACAUUCUAUGAUCGCGAGCCAAAGGAAAAGGCUGUUGGAGACUCGCACGUGUAUCGUAGUGAUUGGGGCGAGACCUACGCGCCACAUCAGUCACCAUCAAUCUAUGUCGUGGACAUCUGCAACGAGUCCAUCAUACCAGUGUUGUGGCCAUUAUCCGAGGCCCUCACUGCUGGUCAGGUCAUCUGGACCACCGGCGAGGCAGUCGGUCUAGUCUUCAUCGGAUGGAAGGUGGAGCUGAGAAGAUUCGGUAUCAGAGCAUGCUUCAAUCGUUUGAGCUCGAUAUACUACGUCAACUUCAAGGAUCUGGUGCAACAGAGACAGGACCUCAAAACAAGACAUGCUGCCGGCGAUCAUACAGCCAGCCCCAAGCACGCACAGGUGACACCGGUCAACUUGUUGGGCGACUUUAUCGGUUGCUUCCGCUCGCCAAGGUUCUCGUUGGAUGGCAAGCAGUUGUACUUCUUUGGAAUGCCCGGUAUUGUAUUGCCACACAACUCCUGCUCGCAACUGCUCUCCAUUCCAUGGACGGGCGGUUCAGCGCCAGGCACACCACCAGUGACAAUCCAGAUUGGCGAGCGUAACUUUGCCGACAAGGAUUUCUCUGGCAUCUACAGCAACGCCAUGCCAGCCAACCCAUGGUUAACUCCAAACACGCUGGUCUUCGGCACGAUAGUGCACUCCCAGAACGUGAGUGUCGCAGAGACAGUCAAUGGCAUCGACAAGUUCCAAAUCAUUCAUGCACAGCCAAAGAACAAGGUGCCAGCACCACUCAUACUCAUGCCACAUGGUGGACCUCACGUUGGAUCAACCUGCGACUACAACGCGCCAGUUGUAUUCUUUCUCGCCCUCGGCUACGCCGUCACUCAGAUCAAUUACCGUGGCUCGACAGGCUUUGGAAAGGACUAUGUCGACGUGCUGUCUGGCAAGGCCGGCCAGAUGGAUGUGGCCGACUGCGUGUCCACGUUGGACUAUCUGCUUGCCACACGUGGCCAGCGUCUGGACCGCGAGCGUGUCGGAGUUCAGGGCGGCAGCCAUGGAGGAUUCCUCGCCGCACAUCUCAGCGGCCUGAAGGACUCACCAAUCAAGGCAGCAGUCAUCAGAAACCCUGUGAUCGAUAUUGCUGCCAUGUCCACGCAGUCCGAUAUCCCAGACUGGUGUUUCUUCGAAGCCGGCAUACCUUUGGCACAGGGCGCCAGAGUCUACCCGACCGUGCCAUCGCUGGAGCAUCUGGAGAAGAUGAGGAAGUGCUCACCCAUCGUCAAUCUGGACAUUAUCAAGACGCCAACACUCCUGAUGCUUGGAGAGAAUGAUCUGCGUUGUCCACCAUCCCAAGGACUGAUGCUAUACAACGCACUCAAUCAAAAGGGAGUGGCCACCAAGUGUCUCAUGUAUCCCAAGACUGGCCAUGGCUUGGCAUCAAUCGAUGCCAAGAUCGACCAGUGGAUCCAUGCAGUAUGCUGGUUGAAGAUCUAUCUUCCA